GGUUAUUAACACUUUUCUACUAUUACGUGGGGGACUUUUAUUAUUUAUUUUUUUGAAAAUCCUAGACACGGAAGCACUUUUUUUAGCGUUGCUGACGACAUGCGUAUGAUUUUCCCGGUAUUUCAAGUGCUACACUUAUGAUUUUCUGGAGCGGCAAACACGACUCUUAAUUAGCCACUGAAACAACACAGGGACAACAUUAGCACUGGUGUGCAUUUGGACUUGGUACAACGACAGAAGGAGGCAUCCACAGAAAUAUAUGCGGAGGGAUGCCGCCAGUGUUUGAAAUGGAGAUGGCCGCGCCAGAGGGGGGAAGCACGGAGGGGUUGACCCGAGCGGACUGCCUCUGCCCUGUGUGUCUGGAGAUCUUCCUGGAGCCGGUGACGUUGCCGUGCAGCCACACCUUCUGCAAGCCUUGCUUCUUGGAGACUGUGGACAAGGCCAAUCUGUGCUGCCCGCUGUGUCGCAAGCGGGUGUCCACAUGGGCACGAAUCAAUUGCAGGAACAAGACGCUGGUCAAUGAUGAGCUGUGGCAGCGGGUGCAGGCUGAGUUCCCCAUGCAGUGCCAACGCAGGCUCAGUGGACAGGAGGAGGAGGAGGAUGGAAACAUAUUGGUCCCCGGACCCAAAGUCAGUCUGCCUGGAGAAGUACGGAAAGAGUAUGAGGAUCAAAUCAGCAAGAUAUUAGAGGAGAAGCGUGCCCUGGAGGAGGCAGAGAGGAAAGCAAGUGAGGAGUACAUCCAGUGCCUCCUCGCAGACGAGAAGGAGCGCCUGGAGGAGGAGAGGAGGCGGGACGAGGAGACUCAGCUGGAGAAUGACAACAAGCUGGCCAGACUGCUCAGCCAGGAGCUGAAUCCAAGACCUGAGUCACAGAACAUCACGUGGACUAACGACAUCACCCCAGCAAAGAAGAAGCGGAACACCCGCAACGCUGGAGAUAUAGAGAAGUUCUUGUCCCCAAUUCCACAAAGAUACAACAGCAACUCAGAGACUAGACCCACCUCCAGCUUCAUGGCUAACAAGGAGAACAUCUUGCACUCAGAGAGUAAGCCUUGGUCUUCCAAAGAGCCAGCAGAGCAAACAAUGCCCUUGCUAGAAUUCUACCCGGAGAGCUACCGCAAGCCGUGUGAGGCCUCAACGUCAUCAGAGCGCAUGGUGUACCAUCUGACCGUCCCCUCAGGAAAUUCACUGGCAUGCACACCCCUCCACGGCACCCCGAAGAGAGGCGUGACCUCGGCAAAGAGGAAGAGCUGUGACAUUGAGGGGCCAAUCGAAGGGAAAGCAGACGUGGUCAGUAAGCUGCUCUGUCCUUCAUCUUCGUCAUCUCGCCGUGCUGCAGAUAGAGGAGAGGUUGACCAAGGGGAGAAGGCCCUGCUGCUCCAGGAGCUGGCCCAGAGAGAGAAGGUGCUCUUCAGCCGCAUGCAACAGGAGCAGGAGGACUGGCAGCUGGCUUUCCAGCUGCAGAGGCAGCUGGACCACGAGGAGGCCAUCCACGUAGUAGACCGCCGCAAGGGCUCCAGCGACCAGUACCAGCUCCGCCAGAAACCUGACUCCAGCUCCAGGCCUGAGGGUAGUGGUUCGAAGCAGGGCAGCAGGGGGCGCUCACGCACCUCCACUGAGAGCAGGAACACAGUGGAGAGGAGGCAGCUGUCUGGGCCCUCAUCUACCACCAAUAAGGGGGAAAGGAGCUCCACCAUCUCCAGCGCUGCUGCCUCAACCUCCAAGCCACUGAAGAGGAGCAGUAAGCAGGCCACCCUUACAGAGAUGUUAACUGGUCUCGCCGUAUCUCCUAGAGGGCUCAGAUGGUCAGGAUUUUAAAAAGUUUUGUCUGAGCCUUUAUGAGCUUAUACCUUGGGGAGAAGAGGGUAGAUAUUGCUUGGACAUUGACCGUCUGGGAUUUCACUCUAGUGUUUAAAUGCAUUUCAAGGUCUUUGACAGCUUAGGGGCUCACUGGAAAUGGCAGACUGGCUCGAUCGACAUUGUUUUGAUAGUAGGUUAAUUUUACUCAUUGUUUUCUCUAGAGAUUCAUAUAAGUGAUUACUUAGGAACAAAAUAAAACAUUUUUGAAAGGUAUGUCUUGUCCUGUGGCAUGCAUUCAUCGAUACCAAGGGAAGCCAGGCUUCCCUAAAUAUUUGACCAAUAAAAUAAAUGUGUAUAAAUAAAA